AUGGCCUUGCGGAACUUCAUGGCGAGACGCGGAGUACCAAAACGAAUCUUUAGCGACCGUGGCACAAAUUUUACAGCAUCUAGCAAAGAACUGGGAGCAGCCUUGAAAGAGAUGAACCAGGAUCAGGUGAUACAAGAGAUCGUGAGUCCUCAUACUGAGUGGGAGUUCCUUCCUCCUGCUUCCCCUCACAUGGGCGGAAGCUGGGAACGUCUCGUGCGCCAAAAGAUCUCAAGCAAGGCUCAGCAAAAUAUCAUCAAGGACGACAAACAACCAGCAAAGCCCAUCUACAUUUACAAGGUAUUGAAGCAGAUCACUGGCGUCUCCUUGAAGGCGAUGGGCAUCAUGAACAGCAACGUAAACGGCAUUUUGGAGUGUAUCGCGGCUAGGGAAUCUCGUCUGGAUGCACUACAACAAGCGCUCAACGAUCAGCAACCGCGAGACACAACAGUCCGCCCCCUGCUGCCAGGCGAGCUGGCCAAGCACGUCGUCUCGGAGGGAACCAAAGCAGCCAACAAACACACCAGCUCCAAGUGA